CGGAGCUGCUGCCAUCGCCAUGACCCGUGGUAACCAGCACGAGCUCACCUGCCAGAAGAAUAUGAAAAAGCAGAGCGACUCGGUUAAGGGAAAGCGCCGAGAUGAGGGGCUUUCUGCUGCCGCCCGCAAGCAGAGGGACUCGGAGAUCACGCAGCAGAAACAGAAAAAGGCAAAUGAGAAGAAGGAGCAAGCCAAGUAGCUUUGUGGCUUCGUGUCCAACCCUCUCGCCCUUCGCCUGUGUGCCUGGAGCCAGUCCCACCACGCUCGCAUUUUCUCCUGUAGUCUCACAGGUCCCAGCACCGAUGGCAUUCCCUUUGCCCUGAGUCUGCAGCAAGUCCCUUUU